CUCAGUGACAGCAGUCUGACUUAGUUGUCGUUCACUGUGUGCUGGAACAAACACGGAUGGACCCACACGUUAACUUUUUAUGAAGAUAUCACUGUAACUUAAUUCGCUGAAUCACCAUGAAGGCCCAGGACUGGUUUAUUGUCACCUGCUGCCUCUGUGCCCUGAGCGCAAUCGCAGGUGCAACAGAAGCAGAAAAUCAGCUGAUGAAGAAACUGUUUUCUUCAUACAAUAUUAAAGUGCGUCCUGCAAGGAGCCCAGAGGAAAGAGUCGUUGUGAGGAUAGGCAUGACCCUUUCAUCAUUCGUCAGCCUGAACAUGAAAGAUGAGGAGAUGAACACUAUUGUUAUUAUGAACUUGGAGUGGAAUGAUUAUCGCCUGUCCUGGAACCCAAAAGAUCAUGGGAAAAUUGAUGUGUUGCGCAUCCCAUCUGGAAAAUUGUGGCUUCCUGAUAUUGUUCUCAUUAAUAACAAUGAUGGCGUAUUUGGUGUAGCUCUACAGGUCCACGUGCAGGUCUACAGUAACGGCCGUGUGACGUGGACUCCACCAGCUCUUUUCAAGAGUUCCUGCGGGGUAAAGGUGACAUACUUUCCUUUCGACUGGCAAAAUUGCACCAUGGUUUUCCACUCGUAUACAUAUGAUUCCUCAGAAGUGGAUCUGCAGCAUGGCCUUGAUAAGAAAGGAAAUGAAAUCCGAGAGAUAAUCUUCGACACAGGCUUUAGUGAGAGUGGCGAAUGGCACAUUCGUCACAAGGUUUCUAGGAAGAAUGUGCGAGAGGACCUGUAUGAGGACAUCACCUUCUACCUGAUCAUCGAGAGGAAGCCCAUGUAUUACGUGUUUAACAUCGUCCUGCCCUGUAUCCUCAUCACCAUCAUUGCCAUCUUUAACUUCUACUUGCCACCUGAUGCAGGGGAGAAGAUGGGCCUUUCCAUCAACGUACUGCUGACUUUAACUGUUUUCCUGCUUCUGCUGGCCAACAAAGUCCCAGAAACAUCACUGGGUGUUCCCAUUAUCGUCAACUACCUGAUGUUCACCAUGGUCCUGGUCACCUUUUCUGUCAUCCUCAGUGUUGUGGUACUAAACCUUCACCAUCGCUCCCCCAACACACACCAAAUGCCCCUUUGGGUGCGCAAGAUAUUUAUCCACAUGUUGCCUCCUUACCUGGGCAUGCUGCGACCUAAAGUGGAGACCCCUCUGUUUCUUGAGAAACCUGCCAAAAAGGAGAACAUCCAAGCCAUCAGCAGAGUGGCCGAUGAGUACUUCAUCCGCAAGCCCAAUAACACCAACUUCCUCUUCCCCAAACCCCACAGGUACCAGCCUGACGGUCAAUGCACCGACCUGAGGAAGUUCAUUGACGGCCCCAGUCAUUACCUCUCCCUUCCUCCAGAUCUCAAGUCAGCCGUAGAGGCCAUCACUUACAUCGCAGAGCAGCUGCAGGCGGAGAAAGAUUACGAGGCUUUAAAGGAGGACUGGCAGUAUGUUGCCAUGGUGGUUGAUCGACUCUUCCUCUGGAUCUUUGUGAUUUUUACCACCCUUGGGACACUGGGCAUUUUUGCUGAUGCCAGCUUCAAUGCCACACCUACUGACCCCUUUCCCUAAAUCUUAUGGUUGUUCUCUCUAGCCUUGAACUUUUCACCUCUAAAACAGUGGCAUGAGAUGUGUUAGACACUGCUGCGUGUUCAGUACACAUUUAUGGUGUUGUAAUGAAACAGAAAGAGCACUGCAAUUCAUUCACGCAAUAUUUCUGUAGUUAAAGCAGUCGUAAAAGCAUAAAAACAGUUAUACUGUCGCUGAGUUAAGUGGGAUUUGUUAUAAUCACAUAUAUAUAUAUCUAAUCCAAGAAUCCAAAUAGAUAUUUCUUGAACACCAGAUCAUAUACCAAGAUAUUAAAAUAAUUUCUGAAGUAUUAUAUGGCACUGAAGAAUGGAGUAAUGGCUUUGUCUUCACAGGAACAAAUUACAUUGAAAAAAAAAAGUAUUUUAAUUGUAAUGAUAUUUCUCAAUAUUACUGUUUGUGCUGUAUUAUUUUUUUAAUCAAAUAAAUGCAGCCUUAGUGAGUAUAAGUGACUUCUUCCAAAAUCUAUACUGAACCCAAACUUUUAAAUGGUAGUGUAUUUGCAUCUAUGCAUAAUGUGUAAGAAACGGUUUAGAAUCCCAGUGUGAUGUGUGCUCUUAAAUGUGUGAAUGCUGUUCUAGUUAUUAUCUAGUCAAUAUUUUUUAAGAAACUUCUAUGUGAUUGAUAAGAGGGGGAAAAAUUUUUUUUUUUGUUUUUUUUUUGUUACAUGAGCAGUUUCCCGCACCUUUUACACAUUGUAUAUGAAUAUCCUCUACCAUGUGCUUGUCUGUGUAUGCAAAUAAAGUGUAGCCCAAUAUAUAGUUAGUA